GUCAUUACCGUCCCCGUCUGAUUAAACUCGAGACCCGCCUGUCCCCGCCACCGAUAAGAAGAGGGAUAUUCUACCGCAGUUUCGAGACUGGACCGUUGGAGACUCCGUUGACUACGGCUCUUGAUUUCUCCAUAAUGCCGUUUAACGACAUCUAGAGUGAGACAGGUUUUUAGCGAAUGUUACAAUUGGUGCGUCUGGAACAAGCGAGGGUCAUGCUCUGCACCUGACAACCCUUGGUAUUCACCCAACGGAGUUUAGCAAGAGGAAAACUUUGCCGUUUUUUCAAGAAGUUCUUUUUCGAAAUAGGCUACUGGCUACGGACUUAUAGCCUACUACUAUUUUGAACCAAUAAGCAAUAUUUCUUUAACGCAGUUAAAACUGCAUCACCAAGGCGAAACGGCGUCUUCAGUCGAUUACCUUUCUUUUCUUUGCUAUCCCAUGGAUAUUCACUGCAAGGCAGACCCCUUCUCGGCGAUGCACCGGCAUGGGGGUGUGAACCAGCUAGGCGGGGUGUUUGUGAACGGCAGACCCCUACCUGAUGUCGUGAGGCAGAGAAUUGUCGAGCUGGCGCACCAAGGGGUCAGGCCUUGUGACAUCUCCCGACAACUACGGGUCAGUCACGGCUGCGUCAGCAAAAUUCUCGGCAGGUACUAUGAGACUGGCAGUAUUAAACCUGGAGUUAUUGGAGGCUCCAAACCAAAGGUCGCAACUCCAAAAGUAGUGGAUAAAAUUGCAGACUACAAGCGACAGAAUCCUACUAUGUUCGCCUGGGAGAUUCGAGACCGACUCCUGGCUGAAGCUGUCUGCGACAAUGACACAGUCCCCAGCGUAUCAUCCAUCAACAGGAUUAUCCGCACCAAAGUCCAGCAACCGUUCCACCCCUCGCCUGACGGAUCGGUGACGCCGCUCUCCACGCCUGGACACACCAUAGUACCCAACACAACGUCACCCCCGGUGACCAGCGCUUCCAACGACCCCGUGGGAUCCUACUCCAUCAACGGCAUUUUGGGAAUCCCUCGCUCCAACAGCGAAAAGAGGAAAAGAGAUGACGGUCGAGACAUGGCCAGUACGACCUUACCUGGAUACCCACCCCAUGUCCCCCCCACAGGGCAGGGGAGCUACCCCACCUCAACCCUCGCCGGAAUGGUCCCUGGAGGAGACUUUUCAGGAAACCCCUACUCUCACCCACAAUACACCACCUACAAUGAAACAUGGCGGUUCAGCAAUCCUGCAUUACUAAGUUCCCCUUAUUAUUAUAGUGCCGCAUCCCGUGGCUCCGCGCCUCCCACUGCUGCCACUGCCUAUGACCGCCACUAG